AUGAAAAAUCAAAACACUACAAAAGCAACGAAAGCAAGACCAAUGAAACGAUCAUUCUUUCGACCAAUCAAAAGCACUAUAAUCUAUCUUGGUCCCAUACCACGGUCGUCACCACCUUCAAAACCUAUCCUUUCACCUGUAGACCAACUUUAUUCGAAUCCAUUUAUUAUCAAUUCUACGCAAUAUCAGGACGGCCUUGAAUUGCUAUCUACACUUUAUUUUUCUACACUUUCAUAUACUACACAACCUUCUGGAAUAUAUGAUCAUCCUGAAACACCUUUUGAAAUUCCUUGCUCUUCAAUCAUCGUUUACAAAAAACCCACAACUACUACAACACCAAAAAAUCUGAUUCCUCUCACCAUUUCUACAGAAAUUUCGUGGAAUAUUGGUGGACUUGGAAAGAUUUUAC